CGUAGUCUCCCGCAGCCUCUCAGUCAUGGGCGCCGUCUGGUCAGCCUUGCUGGUCGGCGGGGGUCUGGCGGGAGCGCUCAUCCUGUGGCUGCUGCGGGGCAACUCUGGGGCCCCGCAGAAGGGCGCACCUCCAGGGGAGGCUGCGGCCCCGGGAGGCGGUCCGGGUGGUGGUGGCAGUGGCAGCCUGAACCCUGAACCUUCCGAUCGGGAGCUGGUCUCCAAAGCAGAGCAUCUUCAAGAAAGCAAUGGACAUUUGAUUUCUGAGAGCAAAGACCUUGGUAACCUGCUGGAAGCACAGAGACUGCAGAAUGUUGGAGCAGACUGGGACAAUGCCAGAGAGUUUGUUCCUGUUGGAAAGAUUCCAGACACACACUCCAGGGCCAACUCUGAAGCAUCAAGAAAUCAAAGCCCAGGAUCUCAUGUACGAGAACGGAGACUCCCCAAAGGACAAGAAACAGCUGUUAAAGCAGCUGGCAGUGUGGCUGAGAAGCUGCCCUCUAGCAGCCUGCUCAUGGACGGAGCUAAAGCGGUCCUUCAGGACCCAGCAGGCCACAAGGACUGGGAAGUGAUGUCUAGGCACUCAUCUUGGGGGAGUGUUGGUUUGGAUGGCAGUCUCGAGGCUUCUAGGUUAAGUCUAAAUCAGGGGAUGGACGAUAGUACCAGCAGUCUUAUGGGAGGAAGAAGCUGGGAAGGAGAUGGGAAGGUGGUGUCUCUGGAGCCUCAGCAGGUCAGCAUCCAGUUCCAGGUGCACUACACCACAAGCACCGAUCUGCAGUUCAUUGCAGUCACUGGAGACCAUGAGAGUCUUGGGGGGUGGAACACGUACAUCCCACUCCACUACUGCAAAGAUGGGCUCUGGUCUCAUUCUGUCUUCCUGCCUGCAGACACAGUGGUGGAGUGGAAGUUUGUGUUGGUAGAGAAUAAGAAAGUUACUCGCUGGGAAGAAUGCAGCAACAGACACCUAGAGACUGGCCACGAGGAUAAAGUGGUUCGUGCGUGGUGGGGGAUUCACUGACUCAAGAGGCUGCAGCAGAGUGUGGAAGAGGGUAAGGCUGUAGAGUAUACUGCGUAGUUUAAAGUAAAGGCAGUGUGAUUCCAAUUGUAGCCAUCAGGGUUCUUUCAGAUUUGCUAGUGUGGCUUUGGUCCAAAAUGUAGGAAGAUGUAUGCCUGCAGAUAAUGCUUCCUGUAAGCUGGCACUUGCCCCUUGUUGUAUUGACUGGUUUGUGCUGACACAUCAUGACUUGACGGAUUGAUCAUCCUGGGUAUUGACUACAUGUGGGUAAGGAGGAACAAAGCAACUGCAGGAGUACAAGGUAGAGAGCCCUUAGGAGCUCUUAGACUAGGGAGACCCCAACCAGCCUCAUCAAACACAGCUAAAGCAACACUGUUUACAUUUAAUAGUAACAUCAUAGGGAACUGUGACCAGUAAGGAUUGAAGUGAAACUCCCAUUAGUCUUUAUUACCUUUUAACUGCUGAGGAUAGGCGAGACAUUAGCAGGUAUGCCUUUGUCUUAGUAGUUGAAAGCCUGUUCAGAGUUGGUCAUCCUGGAAGCAGAGCCUGAGGGAUUGGGGUGUGAGAUGCUGAGGUGGCUUGAAGGAUAUAGUUCUUUGAGGACUAGGAGUAGUAGGUCUGAGUCUGGUGCAUCCCUCCUUUACUCUGGUUGGAUCAUCUCUGCACACUGCUCCACCCCAUUCCUACCAGGUGUCCACAAAUGGGCUGCCCCAGAGACUCCUAUCUGUUAACUCUUCACUCUCCUUACAUACCAGCGAGUGAAUAUAGGACCAUGAAUGAUACAGAAGAAUGUCUUUGCUCUGAGAAGAAAUAAUUAAGCUUUAAGUUAUAACUGAAUAAAUAAAUCCUGAGUUUUAUUAUCUUCA